GAGCACUGCAGUUUUCCAGCCUUCAAAUGAGAUAAGAAGGACCGGAUUUUACUGUUGUUGUUAAGCGCAAACCUGCAUGACCAGAGAACUUGAUCCACCCUCUUCAUCAUGCUGCUGCUUCUUCAUGUGCUGAUGCUGUCGCUUCUCUCCGGUGGUUCAGCCAAAGUUGUGCAGAAUUUUGAGAUUGAAUGUGGUCAAUUUUUUGCAAAUGGAACAUCACCAACAAGAUUUAAUGACCCACAAUACAGGCAGAUCUGCCAAACUCUAAAUAAUGUUUUUUAUUAUGCCACAUUCUAUGACACUGACAAGAAGAUUCCCGUGUACUCAGCCUACAAGUUUGAAGGACUAAUGAACUGCACAAGAACAAAUGCAUGGUACAUUGAACCUCAGCUUGAUGACAACAAUGCACCCCCAGACAUGAAACUAGAGAAAGAUGUGACAAUACAAGGACUUGGAGGUUAUCAAGCUCUCAAUGAUAACUAUACAAAAUCUAAAUAUGACAAAGGUCAUCUGGCACCAGUCUUCCAGGCACAGUCACAGGGCUGUUCGGAUGCCACCUUCACUCUCACCAAUGCUGCUCCACAAGACCCCUCUUUUAACCGAGGUCAGUGGAAGAAACUAGAAAGAAACAUUGCAAAAAAUCUGUCCGAUCAAUGUCUACCAAAAAAGUAUUCUGUUCAUAUUGUGACAGGAGUGGUACCUGGUACUAAAAACAUAAGCGAUAUAGUGAAUGUGACAGUGCCUAGUCAUUUCUGGACCGCAUAUUGCUGCCUAGACAACAAUAACAAAUGUAAGAUCUCGGGAGGAUUUAUUGGAGUGAAUGAGAACUUCACUCCUGAUUACAUAUCUGUAAAUGAUUUAGAGACAGAGUUGACAAAGCUUUAUAAUUGUACAUCAUUUAAUUUGUUUGAUAGAUCUACAGAACCCCGACCAAAAAAACAAAGCGAAUCAGAAUACAAUGAAAACUUUAAAAAAAAAGCGCCAAUGAGCUAUUGUCUGAAAGAGAAACUUUAUCCAAUGUUUUCUUUGGUGUUCUUGUUAUUUCUAACUAAAUGAUUAGAUGAAUCAUAAAGAAAAUUCUUUAGAACUCUAUUAAAUGUUUGACUGUCAUAAUUAAUAAUUAAAACAAUUAUAAUGUGUAUGAAUGAAUUGCAUCAAAUAUUAUACCAAUAUGAAAUAAAGUUUUAAUUAAGCAGACAUCCGAUAUUACAUUUCCACUAUAGCUAGCUAAGCCACCAUUGACAUGGAUUGAAUCACGAUUUACCCAAUGUUUGAUAACAUUGUAAGAUCAUAAAUUCACUUUACAAAAAUACCAUUGGAAAAAUAUAUGCCAUAUGUAAAAACAUUUACAUUUGCUGUUUAGAAACUUGUCCCACUCAGUCAAUAUGAGUUGACGGAAAACAUAAGAAAAAACCUAUCUUAAGAAAAAGAUUUUAAAACUGGAUGGCAGAAAGCAGCGCGAGUAAAAUAGCAGAUGCCCCACGUUUAUGUCCAAAGUCUGGACCCAUGUCGGCUUUUAUACUAUUGAUGUGACAAACAAAAUCGACAAAGAGUAAGCAAUAUGUAAGAACUGCUGUAUUUGCAUGUGCUCUGAAGCCUUGCAGGAUAAAACAUUUCAUUCACAUGCUGUUCUGAAAAUUACU